AUGUCUGUAGAACAUCUCCUAUCGCUACGCACCGGUGUCGGCGCUACUGGCCAUGCCCAUCCGUCGCCCGUAGCCGAUCCUGUCUUAUCCGACGAUGCAGAACGUCAAGACUUGGAAAGCCUCAUAGCUAAUGUAGCUUUCGAUAUCGAUUUGUACGGUGAUGACUUUCACAAGAAUUGUGCUCCAUAUCACAUGCACUAUCCCCGCAUGAGGAGAUCAAAUUCCAAGCAGCCAGCGACGGAUGUCGAUUAUCUCGACGUGAUCAUGUGUUGGAAAGGCAUAUCGACGGCCCAAGCUGUCGAGCUCACGAUAUGGGAACGCCUUUUUCAGCAAUGUCUGGUCUCACACUUCGAGAGUCACAUGCGGCGAAACAUUGUUGCUGGACUGAGCGCUUUUCGAGAUCACAUUGACGAGGACGAGCUCUGGCCUUGCUUGACACAGAUCCUGCCCACCGACCACAAGCGUCUUGUUCGCAUCGAUCUUCCUGAUCUCAUCCACAACAUGAUCGAUGCUCUCUACGAUGAACUUCACAGUGAAACCGUCGCAACAAACAUGAGAUGGUCGCUCGGAUUUGGUGAUUUACCAAAUUUUGUCUUUAACUACAUAAUGACGCACGAUUACUUGCUACGCUUUUCAGACGGACUAUACCUAUCGGUCGAGAUCUUUAUCGCCUGGAAAACGAUGCCUGUGCUCGCUAUCGUCGCUGCCGUCGUCUCGCAACCACCUAAUGUCGAUAUCUGGCGUAUGCACUUCGGGUCAAAAGACCGGGACGCCGUUGUUCUCUACUUUGAACGCAUCUUCAGCGUAUUAGGAUCUUCGAGCUAUGAAUACUUCCCCGAGGAUGUCGUAUGCGAAGUGAAGGAACACAGAGCGAAGGUAGACACAUCGAGAGUGUCAGAGACAAUCGUUCAAGCGAAAACGAUCACACAAUUCCCGGAUGACGUACGUUUCGAACGUGUAUCGCGAUAUGCCGUCAAGGGUGAGGUUAUGGACAUUCGACGAGUCGAUGCAACGCCAGACAACCACACACCACAGCAAAAGGAAUUGCAGACGCCCUGGGUUCCGUCGUACACCAGUACGCCACUGUCCAAGACUCGCCGUCGAAAAGCACCUGUUUCGCCUAGCCCUGAUGAAAAAGCGGACUUCUUAGCCACAUCGAUUACGGAUGCAUUCAUGCUGUCUGAUCCUGAUCUGCCAGCCGGGUCGCCAAAGAAACGAAAGGCCUCGUUGCGCUCCACGAGCUUUGACGGAACAUCCACCUUGCAGUCAGCAGACCAUGAGUCAAACGCCUAUCUCAAACGUCAGAGGCUGGAGUCUUCUGGUGAUAUCCACCUGCCCACGACGUCUACGUCUACCGAGGUCAUUGCGCUGCAAAAGAAGUUGGCCGCAAUUGCGCAAGACGUUGAUGCUAUGUGCAAACGACUCAACCCGCCUAUUAAACACGUGUACAGCAAUGGUUCUGAUGUGUUGCGGUACAGUGAGGAUAUUGUGCGUCGUUUAAGGGAAGCAGUCGCUUCGUCACAUCCCUCGGUCUCAACAGUAUUUGCCACCGAUUUACUGCAGCAACAGGGCGAGGACCGACAGAAAUCUCUGAUAGGCAAAGGGAAGACAGUCGUUCUACCUCCUACACCAGCCCUGGAACAAUACGACUCACUACUCCCCCGAUCAUCUUCGCCAAUCUGCCUCACUAGCGAACCUGACGACAGCGACGCUAUUUCUCCUAACUCGGCCAUCAAUGUUAGCAGUCUCGGUGCUCAGCAGCCCGGCCACGGUGGUAGCGCAAACCGCCGCCGUCAUUUGACCGAGCUGUCUCAAGACGAGAUUCAGAAAAACUACCGCGAGUUCGAGGCGGUUGCUCAACGCAGAAUGACGGAUCCCACGUACGCGCCUGUCAACGAUGUGGGUGAAAUGAACUUUGAACAUAUUUUUCUGGGGGACAGCGAGAUUGAGGAUCUGAGCUUGGGCGAUAUCGAUGGUUUAAGUGAGGAGAUGAGUGGGUUGGACAUGGGUGAGAACUAA